UGUCGGUGUUGAUGGUGAGGUGAGGGGUGUUACGCGGCUCACCACAACGCUGAGACUGGAGCAAUAAUGCUGCUCAACACCACAACACACUGACCCUACAUUUUACACAAAUUUACCCGCAUUCUGCUAUGGAUGUGGCACCUUCAACCUCACGGGGUAAUAGUGCAGUUAAUAAGGCAUACAGUGCCCUGGAAAUCGAACUGUAUUAUUUGAUGGUCAAGUACUUAUCAUCAGGUCCUUGCAAGAAAGCUUACCAGGCGCUGAGAGCAGAAAUCGAGGAAAAUGAGUUGCUGCCCACUACAUGUGACUGGCUGGGACGAAGUUACAGUAAAACUUUUCAACAAGUGGAUGAGCAAAAUAUACACAUCAAGAAUGAUCAUUUGCUGCAGAUGGUGGCACGUCUGGGGCCAGCUAUCAACCAGCUAGUAAGAGUUCCAUAUCCUACAGCUUCCACACUUCUAGGUGCUGGAGCACAAUCACUUUUACGAACAGAACAAGAUCUGUGGAAGCAAUACAAGAGCCUGUUAAGCUUGGUGGUACGUCGUCAUGGCAAUCCUCCUCUGGAACCUGUUAAAGUGCGUGGACCUCCAUGUCUCACCCAAGCUAUAUUGGGAAGAGAGCUCAUGGGCAAUGCCAACCGCAAGCACUUGGUUACUGAUAAAUUCUACAGUCGUAUGCAGUUGUUUCUGCGUUCCGUUGGACACUUGUCUGCUGUCUACUGCAUGCUGUUUGACCGGUCUGGAAAAUAUAUCAUCACCGGUGCAGAUGAUACGCUAGUUAAAAUUUGGAGUAUUCUCGAUGGGCGGUUGCUGGCGACCCUGAGAGGAGCAUCUGCCGAGAUAUCUGACCUAGCUAUUGACAGUGAGAAUCGACUCAUUGCUGCUGGCUCCUGUGAUAAGAUUAUCCGAGUAUGGAAUCUCCAAACGCUUGCGCCGAUUGCAGUGUUAAGCAGCCACACUGGGAUGAUCACAGCCCUGCAGUUCUGUCCUGCUCCUGACAGUGAAGGCGUUCUAGUCUCUACGGGCGGUGAUGGUUGUGUUGCAUUUUGGACCUAUGUUCGCAGAGGUAUCGAUGUCAAGUUUGAUUCCAAGCCUCUAAAAGUGAAUGAGAGGGUUCGACCUGGCAACGCCCAACUUAUUUGUGCAUCAUUUAGUCAAGGUGGAAAUUUUUUAGCUUUGGGUGGAGCAGACCAUUAUGUUAGGGUGUAUCAUCUUGGAGGUAAGGAUGGGGUUGAAAAGCUGAUAGAAAUUGAGCGCCAUCAUGAUCGUGUGGAUAGCAUUCAAUGGUGCCAUAGUGGUCUCAAAUUUAUAUCUGGGAGUCGGGACGGCACUGCACUUGUAUGGUAUUAUGAGUGCCAGCUGUGGAAAAAUAUUGUACUUAACAUAACCACUUUACUUCCUGGAGUUAGUCCUCCUCCUGAAGAAAUUCGUCGGUUACAAGUGACAAUGGUUGGAUGGAACCAGUCAGAUGAGUAUGUUAUUACUGCCAGUAAUGACAAGUGGCUUCGAGUUUGGGAUAGCACCACGGGAGAACUGAAACAUAUACUCCAAGGUCAUGAGGAUAAUGCUUAUGUAAUUGAAGCCCAUCCUCACGAGCCCAGACUUAUUAUUUCUGCGGCACAUGAUGGUCAGCUGAUGAUAUGGGACAUUUUUACGGGUGCCUUGGUGUGGAGCUUUAAAAAUACUAUUGAAGGUCAAGGCUAUGGUGCACUCUUCGAUGCCAAGUGGUCCCCAGAUGGCUUCACUAUAGCUGCCACGGAUUCUCAUGGACACUUGAUACUGUUUGGAAUAGGCCAUAAUGAAAAAUAUCAACAGAUACCUAAGGAGUUAUUCUUCCACACUGAUUAUCGGCCUUUAAUGCGUGAUGCCAACAACCAUGUGCUAGAUGAACAAACACAGAUGGCUCCUCAUCUGAUGCCACCUCCAUUUCUUGUUAAUAUGGAUGGCGAUCCUUAUCCACCCGAGUAUCAGCGGCUUGUACCAGGACGGGAGAACUGUCGACAUGAUCAACUCAUACCUAACGUUCUCUUGAAUGCCAAUGAUACACUGGUUUCUGGUUUUUCUUUAGUUCAAAUUAUUAGCCUUUCCCAGUUUGGUUUGCAAGUACAAGAUGGAGACCAUGGUGGUCAGUCUAGUAGCUCAGGAAGUUCUUCAGGCUCAGAAGUGGUCAAUGAGGAACUGCAAGAAUCAUCAAGUUCUGAUGAGCAGUCCACAGAUUAUUCUGACUGGACUGCUGAAGCUGUGGAGAUGGUGGAGCCAGAUGGUAGUGCAGCUGUGAAACAAGAGGAACUUGAGGAGCUACUUUACACUCCACAAGAUGAAGAAUGGAUCAUGAGUCUGGCUAUCGCUGAACCUUUCCUCGUCCCUGUCGAUCUCAACGUUUAUCCUAUGUAUGCUUUAAUUAUUGACUACCCAAUGGAUCUCACCACUAUUAAGGUUUUAUCUCAAUUUUUGAGAGAACUUUAUCCCCCCCACCCCCACCAUGCAGGUCGUGUUGGAGCUCGUAGAGUUGGCGAUGUUGAAGGUGUACGUCAGUCUACAGGCAACUGGCAACGGGAUCCCAACAUAAAAUGGAACAGGCGUGUCAUUGUUAAGCGACAGAGGUUCUCAGACAUUAAACAGUCUAUAGAAAGACGAAGACGUUUAGGAGAAAUAGAACUUCAACUUUACGAAGAAGAAAGUAAAAAGAAACCAGAACCAAUGCGUUCACCAGUUCAGCCACAUCAUGAAUCUGAAAAGAAAAUACGCAAGAAACAAAAGAAACAGACUCACUCUUAUUCUACCCGAUCAGUGAGAGACACAGAAAGAGGCCCUUAUGAUCAUCAGGAUUCUGAGGAUGGAGACCAUGGUGGUCAGUCUAGUAGCUCAGGAAGUUCUUCAGGCUCAGAAGUGGUCAAUGAGGAACUGCAAGAAUCAUCAAGUUCUGAUGAGCAGUCCACAGAUUAUUCUGACUGGACUGCUGAAGCUGGUAUCAAUCUGGAACCUCCCAAACGAACCGCUCACAAACAGAAGAAAAGUCCCCGUAGAAGGAAAAAGAAAGGAAAAAGUGGCAGUGAAGAAGAUACAAAGCAGAAAGAAAAGGAUGAGGAUGUUGAUGACGAUGAUGAUGAUGAUGACAAAAACAAAGAAAAUGAUACCAAAAACAUAUGGACUACGCCUCGUUCACAAAGAAAGCGAGGACCAAGGCCCAACCUUUCAGAAAUUGGUGGAGGUGCUGAUGAAAUUCCUGAGGAGUUCCGACCACCAGAAUGGUUAACCGAAACCUUUCCCAAGAAAGCUCCAUAUUUCCCACAAAUGGGUGAUGAACUUAUAUAUUUUAUGCAAGGCCACAUGCUCUAUGUAGAAGCUGUUAUGAACAGAAAACUGUAUAAUGUGGAUAAGCGGAGUUUGCCAUGGAUGAGAUCUACAAAUAAACUCAGGCACCAAGAAUUCGUUAAGAUAAUUGGCAUCAAAUACGAAAUUAAACCACCACGGUUGUGCUGUCUGAAGUUGGGUAUCUUGGAAGUUGGCAGGGGAAAGUUAACAUCAGAUUCCUUCACUAUCAAAUAUCAUGACAUGCCUGAUGUACUUGACUUCUUAAUACUAAAGGCUACAUAUGAUGUUGCUGUUAGGAGACAGUGGAGGCCAGGUGACAGAUUCCGGUGUAUCAUUGAUGAUGCUUGGUGGCUGGGUACAGUGGAGAGCCAGGAGCCCCACCUGCCCGAGUUCCAAGAUUCAAUGUUUAUGUGUUACCGUGUUCUCUGGGACAAUGGCGAGCGAGAGCGACUAAGUCCCUGGGACAUGGAAGUAAUAGAUGAUAGCAUGGAGAUGGUGGAGCCAGAUGGUAGUGCAGCUGUGAAACAAGAGGAACUUGAGGAGCUACUUUACACUCCACAAGAUGAAGAAUGGGUGGGCCGGGGCCCAGAUCUUGAGUGUGACCGAAUCUCGUAUGGGCUCUCCCAGAUCAUGAGUCUGGCUAUCGCUGAACCUUUCCUCGUCCCUGUCGAUCUCAACGUUUAUCCUAUGUAUGCUUUAAUUAUUGACUACCCAAUGGAUCUCACCACUAUUAAGAGUAGACUAGAUAAUCGGUUUUAUCGACGCAUCAAUGCUGUCCAGUUUGAUGUUCGAUAUAUUGCCACCAAUACAGAGAAAUUUAACCAGAAAGGCAGCAACAUUGUACGUCAAGCCAGGAUUGUCACAGAACUCUGUCUGGAGCUUAUCAAGUAUGUUAUCCUUGAUCUUGCUCAUUACCCAAUUACCAACUUAUUUCAGAUAUACUCAAUGACACUGCGUUUGGAGGCUUACUUUGAAGACCAAAUAAAGCCUAUUUUAUCCUGUCACAUAUCGCAAGGUAAGCGUAAUACAUCUAAAGCUAAUCCUUGCAACCAAAAGGGAAAAUUAAUUUCUACUAAUAAAACAUCAAGCGGAAGAGUUUGUUCAUCUCAGACUGGGCCAAGCUCUCGCAAGGCAUCUCCAGCUCUCUCCACAGGAGGCAGCAGCGUUGUUCAGAAGAGGCGUCCACUGGUAACUUCACGCUCUCCCACGCCUGCUGUAACUAGGAAGGGAACGUCCAGCAGGACAAGCAGCCCCCGCUCAAAACAUGUCCCAUCCAAAGCAAGUGGUGAAGCGAGGAAAAAUGCAUCUUCGUCAUUAACAUCCUAUGGUCGACCAGUUGUACCACCCUAUCGGACAGAUUGUACUCUAUCUACUGCAUUUGAAGAUGAUGCAAAUCUAGGGGGUGAUAUUUCCAAUGAUGAAAGAGAGAUUAAAUUUAGAAAAUCAUUUGGAAAGGACUCGAAGAGACGAUCUAGAAGGGUUGCUCGGAAAAAGUGUAUUGAUGAAGAAGAGGAAGACAAUGACUCUGGUGAAGAAUAUAGUCCCAAAAAUAUAUCCAAGACUGUGGCAAAAGCCAAGAAAAAAGGUGUGGCCACAAGAAAUAGGGGUAGAGUUACAGUGCAAUACAAUGAAGACAGUGAAGAGGAGGAGUUGACUUCAAAAGUGAAAAUUGAAAAUAUUGUAAGAGUUAAAAAGAAAACUGUGGUAACAAGUGGUAGUAGUAGUGAGGGUGAGAGCAGCAGUUGUGAUAGUGCAGGACCCAGUGCUAAGAGAACUAAUGGCCAGCUGUAUGGUAUUAGAAGCAGGCUGAAGAGCUCAAGUGAGGAGGAGUUGGAGGAAAAAUCUAGGAAAAAAUCUAAUGGUGUGAAUGGUUUAGCACAGAAAAAAAUGGGAUCUCUAGCCAAGAGAAAAAAUAUAAACCAAGCAAAAAAGCUCAGUGGGAGUGAUGAAAGUGAAGAAAGCAGCAAUUCCUCUCAACUCUCUGACUGUGAUAGCACUAAGCAAACAUCUUUAAGAAAACCAAGAAAUAGUAAAAGAAAACAAUCUUCUAGUGAUAGUAGUGUUAGUAGUAGUAGCGAUUCCGUUCAAAAUAAACGGUUGGUCUCCAAACGAAGAGCGUGCCCACCAGAUACAAACAAGGGCAAAUCAAGAAACAUCAAGCGAACCAAAGAUGAGAGUGAAGUGGAAUUUGAUGAAGAAGAUCUAGAAUCUAGCACUGAGGAGAGUAUGGAGGAAGAGGUUAACAGUAAAAGGGGUAGGAAAAGAGGUGUAGCAUCUGGCGUUAGAAGAGCAAGGAAAAUUAUUCUUGAUGGUGAUGAUUUGGAUGAUGCUGAUUUUAUAGCUGAUAAAGAUUUUAUUGAUGAUGCUGAUAUUACUGAGGAGGAAUCCAGUUCUGAAUCUGAGAGUGAGUAUGGUAGUGAUGAUAUUAAAAAGCCCAAGAAGAAAAAGAAACGGAAGAAGAAGAAGAAGAAAACAAAACCAAAACCUAAAUCUAAGCCUAAAUCUAAAUCUAAACCUGUCAAAAAGAAAAAGACAGUUAAAAAUAAUGCUAAAAAUGCAAAAAAUGCCAAAUCAAAAAAGACUACUCAAAAGAAAAAGACACCUGUGAAAAAGGCAGGGCCAGUAGGCAAGAAACGAACGCCAGUAAAGCUACAAGUGCAGGAGUUUGUAACAGCCAACAGGCCUAGCCAAGCACCCUUACCUUAUCAACCCUUCAACUUUGCCCCCAAAAAAGUUAUUGUCAAUGAGGUAAAACACAAAGGACGAGUUGUUGGGAGAGUUAUCACUUCAAAGUAUGAUGGUGGUGGUGAUGACGAUGAGAGUGAAGGUAUGUCCGAGACCGAUGAAAGUGAAGAGUACGAUGAUCCACCAUUACCGCCUGUUAAAGGUAAAGGUAAAAAUAUAAAGAAUUUAACCAGUUUGAAGCGCUCGUUUAAUAGUGACUCAGACGUUGAAAACUUGUCAAGAACAAAUGUACAGAAAAGAAUGAGGUACAGUGAUGAGGAGGGGGAAGAGGAGGAUGAGGAGGAGGAUGAUGAUGAUGAUGAUGAGGAUGAUGAUGAUGAGGAUGAUGAUGGGAUGGAUGUUAGCAGCCGGGGUCGAGUGAGGAAAGCCAACACCUUGAUGAGAGACUUCAUAUAGUAUUAGGUGAGAAAUAGUUUUAAUUGCUACUUACAAGCCAGAAAUGUAAAUAAUUUCUUCUGAUUAUUCACUUUCACCUCAGGAUGUAUAUUGAAGUGUUGGAUUGAGGAGCUUGUCAGGCAAAAUCAUUUCCUUCAAUUAUGGCCUGGGUGUCAUUGUUCAAAUAUAUAAUGACAUAACUGCCAAAAUAUUUUGAGGAGUUUCUGGAUAUUCAGGUAUUAAACUGUGAUAUAAUAUAGAAACUUUUGUCUGAAGUUUGUGAUUUUUAUAUAUAAUAUAUAUAGUGUACAUAUAUAAUGAUAAAAGUUGUAGUGUUAAAUAUGUUAUUUCUUCAUUGUGUGAUAUUAUUACAUACAACCACUCAGGGUGUCUAUAACCAAUUUAUUUUCAUACUCGGUACAUUUCUCAUUGGUCUCGUCCUAUUUUAAUUUGUUAUAGAUAUAUAUUACAACAUAAAAUGUGUUAGAUAACUACCUUGAUGCUUUCAACAUUUAAUGUCCGUACGAUUAAUUUUAAAGGUAAUCCCCGAGGGAUUCUCUUCUUGACUUAAGGUAUUAUUUAUCUCAUUAAUUUAUUUGAACCCAAGUCAUAAUACAAAUGUUCUUUUACGUGAAAACACUUUGCAAAGAAAAAAUUAAAAUAUAGAUCAAACCUAUAAUACUAUGAUAGUAAAUCCAUUAUUAACAAAUAGUAG